AUGGCGCACACCAAUCCGCACGCCAGGCGCAGAUUGGCGUGCGGGCCUGCACGCCACAGAAGUUUGGCGUGCGGCCUCGCACACCAAUCUGCUGCAGGGGAGGUUGGCCUGCAAGAGGCCGAGGUCACACCGCCGGGAGGAACCCCUCCCGGCGAGCCUGUGUACAUGCCAGCUCGUCAGAAGGGGUUCCUUCCGACGAGCUGCUUGUUGGGAGGGGUUCCUCCCGGCGAGCUGGUUGAAGAUGCUGGUUCCGAUGUUGAAGCUGGUGGAUUCCUAAGAAACCAAGGCCGAGGUGGAAGCUGGUGGGUUCAUGACCGAGGAAACUGCACUGGAUGUUGA